AUGUUACUAGAGUUACCAUUGGUAGAAAGUAGUAGAGUUUUUGUUACUUUAAAUGUUUCAAGAGAGGUGUUCAAGCCAGUAAUAACAAAUGAAGAAAAUGAUGAUGAACGUCACCUAAAACAUUUCAUUGAAGGAUACAUGGAUAGACCAUAUGUAAUGGAAAGUGUCACACUUAUAGAUGCAGCUAGAUCAUGGACUUAUAAUUCCAAGAGAAAAAGAGAUAACAAAUGGGAAGCAAGGACUAUAGCAGCUAUUGUGAGGGUGUUUCCAAGAUUUACCACCGUACCUACACGCCAAUCAAAAAAAUGGGUUGAUUUUUGUUGGUCAGAGUUAUUGUUGUACAAGCCAUUUCAUAAUAUCCAAAGAGAUAUUGGACUUGAUGAUAACAUAGUUAUAUCAAAUUGGGAGUCACUCAACUAUAAUCCAUGGCAUUUGGAACGAAGGAUUAUAACAAAUGAAACUAAAGAUCAUAAUGAUUUUGAAGAUGAUGAUGAUUUACCAAAUAAUCAAAAUACAAUCGAACAUGAGUGGGAGAUCAUAUCAAGACUACAUCGUGGACAAAUUAUGGAUGUAACAGAAAUAGAUAUGUUGGGAAGAAGAGAUAUUGAUAAACAAAAUCCAUGGAGUGCAGAAUAUCAAGGAGAUGAUUACACAAAUAUAGCAAUAAAUUUUAUCAACACUAUGAAAGAGAAUGGCUUAUUAAUACCUGAUGAUAUGAUGUCAAGUAUAUCAUAUGGAACUUUAGGUGCUAAGCAAAAAAAAGAACUUGAUAUUAUUAUGUCACAUUAUAAUCAAGUUGACAAUGCCAUGCCACUAUACAUGAUAAUUCAAGGAAUACCUGGAACAGGUAAAUCAUAUCUGAUUCAUGAAAUUCGUCAAACUCUUAAUGAUGCAUCAGGAUCACAAUGUUCUCCCUUAUUAUUACUAGCACCAACUGGAGUUGCAGCAUUUAACAUUGGUGCAUCAACAAUUCAUUCAACUCUACGAAUACCUAUUGUAGAUUUUGCUGAAUUAGAAGGCACAAGACUCACAAGUCUCCAAGAAGAAAUUCAACAUAUUAAAUAUAUAUUGAUUGACGAAAUGAGUUUUAUUGGACAAAAUUUGUUACAAAAUAUUGAUUCAAGACUACGUCAAGCUUUUCCUGAAAAAUCAAACAUGAGUUUUGGUGGAAGAUCAAUCAUUUUGGUAGGAGAUUUGGGACAACUACCUCCUGUUAGUGACAAACCACCUUAUGAUAGUAAUGUGCAUGCAAAAUUAUUAUGGCAAGAGUUUAAGACAGUUGUUACUUUGGAUAAGGUGUUUAGACAAGAUGGAGAAACUAAAGACCAACAAAGGUUUCGCCAAUUACUCACAAAUAUUAGAGAUGCACAUCCAAGUAUAGAUGAUUGGAAAUUAUUGAUGACAAGAACAGAUGCUUCAUUACAUCCAACAAUUAAGGAGGAGUUUGAUAAUAAUAUUCAUCUAUUUGCAACAAAUGACAAUGUGCAUAACCAUAAUAGAAAAAAGUUAUAUGCAUUAAGAAGACCAAUAGCCCGAAGCAUUGCAAGUAAAGAAGGUAGUACUAAUCCAGCAGGAGGUCAAAAUGAUGAGUUAGAUGUUGAAUUAUUAAUUUCUAAGGAUGCAAGGGUCAUGUUAACAUCUAAUUUAUGGAUAGAAGCAGGUCUUGUGAAUGGAGCUUUAGGAUACAUCCGAAAUAUCAUAUACAAACCUGGAUGUGCCCCACCAGAUCCACCAACAUAUGUUAUGGUUGAAUUUGACAAUUAUUUUGGACUUCCUUUUGAAGAUGCAUCUCCUAAUUUGAUUCCUAUUUCACCAAUACAAAGGGGCCGUACACGUCAAUUGCCACUACGAUUGGCUUGGGCACUAACAAUCCAUAAAUCACAAGGAUUGACUCUUUCAAAGGCAACAAUUGACAUAGGACCAAGAGAAAGGUCAGGAUUAACAUUUGUUGCUAUAUCACGUGUUAAGGCCUUGGAUGGAAUUAGAAUCUCACCACCAUUUUCAUAUGAUCAUUAUGAAAAAAUGAAGACAGGAAAGCAACUCACCAAAAGGAAAGCAGAGGAAGAAAGACUCAAAUAUUUGGAAACAUAA